GACACCCACUCACGUACCAUUCUUUGCUUUUGUUAAGCCCAUUGAUCAGGCCCAAAAAACUCCGUAAAUGAGUUUGAUCUUAGGCCCAAAAGUAGGCCCAAAACCGAAGCCAUGCUAUAAAACACACUACCUCCGCUCUAGGGUUUUGGUUUAUUGCAACGAGCGAGAAGGGAGCAAACGACCACCAGAGCGCCCGUCGCCGCCGCCGCGUCGUCAUCAUCGCCCUGUCGCCACCAUGAUUAUUCCGGAGAAGAACCGCAGAGAGAUCUCCAAGUACCUUUUCAAAGAGGGAGUUUGCUAUGCGAAGAAGGACUACAAUCUCGCUGAACACCCAGAAAUUCAUGUGCCUAACCUGCAUGUGAUCAAGUUGAUGCAGAGCUUCAAGUCUAAGGAAUAUGUGCGCGAGACCUUUGCUUGGAUGCACUACUACUGGUUCCUCACCAAUGACGGUAUCGAGUUCCUCCGUACCUACCUCAAUCUCCCUUCCGAGAUCGUUCCUGCCACUUUGAUGAAGUCCGCCAAGCCCCCUGGUCGCCCCGUGGGUGGUCCCCCAGGCCCCCGUGGCCCUCCUCGCUUUGAUGGAGAUCGACCGAGGUUUGGUGACCGGGACGGGUACCGUGGCGGUCCACGAGGAGCUCCGGGUGAGUUCGGCGACAAAGGUGGAGCUCCUGCAGACUACCAGCCUUCUUUUAGGGGUUCAAGGCCUGGCUUUGGUCGUGGAAGUGGCAGUUAUGGUGCUGGUCCAACCAGCUCAAAUCUUCCUUGAGAGAUUUGUUUUGUUUUACCAUCUUAGUUUUGGCAGUUUAGAUCCCAAUCCGAGCAGGAUGAUGAUGCUCCGAUAGCUCAGGAUUCUCCUGAUUGUGCUUCCUGCUGGAUUCAUGUUUAAUUUUGUAUUCUUCCUUUCGUUUGGGGUGAGAUGGGUUUUGAGGGCGUGUUCACCUUUUACCAACUUUGGUUGUAUCCAACACACAAUUACGUAAUUUUUCAUCUGGUCUUCUCUUUUUUA